AUGACGCUUCCCGUCGACAACUGGACCAUGCCCGAAAUCGGAGCGCUGGAUUUCGAUCCAAUCAUCGCCGCAUUAAGCGCCGUCUAUUCCGACGACGGGUCGCCCGCGUCGCUGGCGGCGCUGGCGAAGGAGCGGCCCGAGGCGCUGAAGGCUCUGUCGGAGCUCCUCGCGUUCCACAUGGCGACGUCGGCGCUGGACGCGGCGGCCAUCGCGGCGCAGUUCACGGCAGAUGCGGGCAACCUGACGACGGUGAACGGGCAGGGGCUGUGGAUCAACUACAACGCGAGCCAGUCCGCCGCGCUGCUCAACGCGUACUCGCCCACGCAGCGCGCGCUGAUGAGCGAGGGGGUACUCGUGGCGGAUGACGACACCACCGACGGGAAUGACGGCACGCUCGAGUGGAGUGAGGAGGAGCAGCAGCAAUUGGCGGGCAAGGUGACGCGGUGGAUGAACCGGAUGGUGCCGGGGCUGACCCUCUCCGGCAGUAAGUACCUCGCGUGGCUCAACGCAUACGAGGACGCGCAGGAGGAAGGCUCUGAUACCAUGUGGGAGCAGGCUGGCAGCGACAUGAACGUGGCUCGGGUGGUGUGGGCUGAUGUGAUGGAGAGCGCUGGCAUGGUGGUGCAUGGCGUGGAUGGCGUUCUGUUUCCCCGCCUCAGAGACAACCCGUAUAAUAACACGAACAUGACAAGUAACGGCACGGCGGCCAAUGGAACCAGCGACGGGAAAGCGAAUGGGAGCAGUUAUGCCUAUGGGAGUGGAAGGGCGGAUGGCAGUCCUGCCAGCAGCAGGGACUCCAGUGGAGGAAGCAGCAGCAAGGGAGAUAUUAGUAGCAGCAGCACAGUGCCCACUGCGGGGACAGCUGCGACUGGCACACCUGGAAAUACCUGUCAAAGCAUAUGCAUGUCAUAUAUAUGUAGGCUGUAG